AUAUCUUCGUAUUUUCCACGCACUUACCCCUCCUUCUAUAAAUCAAACUCCCAAACUUCCACCGUCUCUCCCAACUCUCACAAACCACCGAAACGCAACCCCAACUCAACUCAUCUUUCCUCUCCAUUCUCAACUCUAUCCAACCUUAGUGAUGUCGUCCCAAAUAAUCGAGUCCCACCGGGAAAAUGCUGAAAUAUACACCGGCGACGCCAUAUGCAAGCAGAAAUCUCUGGAGCUGCUGCAGAAAAUCAACCUACCCAAAGGCCUGCUCCCCCUGGACGACAUUAUUGAAGUAGGCCACAACGAAUCCACCGGAUUCGUUUGGCUGAGGCAGAAGAAGAGCAAGACCCAUGUGUUCCGUGCCAUCGGCCGCAGCGUCUGGUACGACACCGAGGUCACGGCGUUCGUCGAGGACCGUCGGAUGAAACGCCUGAAGGGUGUCAAGAGCAAGGAACUUCUGAUCUGGGUCACCAUUUCUGAUAUUUCCAUUCAGGACCCUAGUUCUGGAAAAAUUACGUUCGGUACCCCUACUGGAAUUUCCCGAUCUUUUCCGGUGUCGGCGUUUGAGGAGGAAGAGGGGGAGAAGGAAAAGAAGUGAUCAACUGGGACUGGGACCGGGACCGUAGACGUGGAAUUUCAGCGAAAGGGGAAUAAAUCCGGUUCUCUGGUGUUUACUGGAUUCUUGAAUUACUUUGGUUUAGGUUCACUAGUAAUCUUAUUCCUUCACUUUCUUAAUAUGUCUGCGUAAGGUCUAAGCCAAGUGGAAUACAGCUUAAUGUAUACUAUGUAUUAUAGGUUUGGCUGAAUCUCA